AUGUCACUGUCACCACAAGGCCUAGAGGAGGCCAAGGCCCCUGCCAUCGUCUAUGAUGACCUGAAGGCCGAAUCAGGGGAAAUGGAAGCCAUUACUGGCGAGACAAAGCGUGGAUUGAGCUCUCGUCAUAUUCAAUUUUUGGCUUUGGGUGGUUGUAUCGGUACAGGCUUGUUCGUUGGAAGUGGAGCUACAUUGUCGACUGUCGGACCUGCUCCUCUUCUUAUGGGAUACAUCGUUAUGUCAAGUAUCGUCUACUUCGUUAUGAACAUGCUCGGAGAAAUGACCACCUAUCUUCCCGUACGCGGAGUUUCUGUGCCAUACCUCGUCAGCCGCUUCACUGAGCCCAGCAUGGGUUUUGCUGUUGGAUAUAACUAUUGGUACUCAUUUUCCAUGUUGACGGCAUCAGAAGUCACAGCAGCUGGACUUGUCAUCGAAUAUUGGUCAACGCCAGUCAAUGUUGGUGUCUGGAUUGCUAUUAUUCUCAUUGUGAUUUUACUCUUGAACGUCAUCGCCGUAUCUUGGUAUGGUGAAGCCGAGUUUUGGUUUGCUUCAAUGAAAAUCAUUGCUAUCAUUGGUCUCAUCAUCCUCGGCGUUGUUCUUUUCUUCGGUGGAGGCCCAAAACACGAGCGACUCGGAUUCCACUACUGGAAGACCCCUGGCUCUUUCAAGGAACCCUAUCUGGUCCAGAACAUCAACACUGGCCGCUUCCUGGCAUUCUGGACUGCGUUGAUCAAGUCUGGGUUCUCAUUCAUCUUCUCUCCUGAACUCAUCACCACGGCUGCUGGAGAAUCUGUCUCUCCUCGUCGCAACAUUCCCAAGGCUACUAACCGCUUCAUCUACCGUCUUUUUGCCUUUUACGUUCUCGGCACAUUAGUCAUUGGAGUCACCGUUGCCUAUAACGACAAGAACCUCCUUCAGGGUGUCAGUGAUGGUUCAUCGGGCGCCGGUGCCAGUCCCUUCGUUAUUGGUAUUCAGAACGCAGGGAUCUCUGGACUAAACCAUGUUAUCAACGCUGCCAUCCUGCUUUCGGCUUGGUCCUCUGGCAAUUCUUGGGUUUUCGCUGGAUCCCGAACCCUAUACUCCCUUGCUUUGGAGGGACAAGCUCCCAAGAUUUUCACCCGCUGCAGUAAGAGCGGCGUGCCAUACUAUGCAGUGUUGGUCACCUGGUCCAUUGGUCUGCUUGCAUUCUUGAACCUGUCCUCUUCGGGGUCAAAUGUUUUUUACUGGUUCACAAACAUCACCACGGUCGGAGGUUUCAUUUCCUGGGUGAUUGUUGGCAUUGCCUAUCUGCGUUUCCGCAGUGCUCUGAAAUUCCAUGGACUUCUUGAAUCAAUUCCUUUCAAGACUCCUCUUCAACCAUACGGCGCUUACUAUGCCAUUGUUUUCAUUGCGCUGCUCUCUAUCACCAAUGGCUACUCGAUCUUCUUCCCAGGUUCUUUCACAGCAUCUGGCUUCCUUGUUUCAUACAUUGUGUUCGCUAUUUUCUUCGCUCUCUACCUUGGCCAUAAGAUCUGGUACCGCACGCCCUGGAUGACUCCAGUUGCAGAUAUUGAUAUUUUCUCCGGCAAAGCUGAGAUAGACCGAGAGGAAGAGUUGGAGGUGGAACCAAUCCCUCGUAACUGGCUUGAAAAGGCCUGGUGGUGGAUUGCAUAG